AUGAAACUGACACCGGGGCCUGAAGGGCAAAACAUCUGCAAGUACAAAGGCCAGCCGCCAGCCACCAGCCGCCAGCCACCAGCAGCCAGCCGCCAGCCACCAGCAGCCAGCCGCCAGCCGCCAGCCGAGCAAGCAGCCAGCAGCAAAGGGAGGGUCCCAAGUCCUUCCAUAGUGACGCCUCCCAAGGACAUCUGGAACGUCACUGGUGCCCAGUUGUACUUGAGCUGUGAGGUCAUUGGAAUCCCAACCCCUGUCCUCAUCUGGAACAAGGUACAAAGAAAUGACUAUGGAGUUCAAAGAACAGAACUCUUGCCUGGUGACCGGGACAACCUGGCCAUUCAGACCCGGGGUGGCCCAGAAAAGCAUGAAGUCACUGGCUGGGUGCUGGUAUCUCCUCUAAGGAAGGAAGAUGCUGGAGAAUAUGAGUGCCAUGCAUCCAAUUCCCAAGGACAGGCUUCAGCAUCAGCAAAAAUUACAGUGGUUGAUACAUUACAAGAAAUACCAUUGAAAAAAGGUGAAGGUGCUGAGCUAUAAACCUACAGAACGUAUUAGUCUGCAUAGCUAAAAGUAGUCGUGCAUAACUAUAACCCCUGUUCUUGCCUAAUAACAAGUUUCUUUUAAUCCAGUCUACUAACACUUUUAGUUAUAUUCACUGAUUUUACACAGAGAAAUUCAAAAUAAAGAUAAACACAUCAAGACUAUAAAAA